UUUGAAGACAUGAAGUGAGGAGAAAUAAAAUUGAAAUUGUUUUGAGAGUGCAGCCUUUCAGGCGGGUGACUAGCGCCAGAAAAGGCUCCUGAAGCAUUGGAUGGUCAGGUAUUCUUGAUCGCCUUCCUUGCUGCUUUCAAAAUGCCUCGAGAUGUUCGAAUUUUGCUGCUCGGUGACCCGUCAGUUGGCAAGACCUCCCUCAUCAUGGCUCUUGUCACCGAGGAGUUCCCUGACUUUGUUCCUCCCAGAGCAGAGGAGAUAACCAUCCCUGCCGAAGUGACCCCGGAGCAUGUUCCUACUCACAUUGUGGAUUACUCAGCUGCUGAGCAGAACGAGGAGGCACUCCAUGCGGAGAUUGUGCGGUCCAAUGUCAUUUGUGUGGUGUACUCUGUCGACAAGCAAGAGAGCGUGGAGAAUAUCACAUCCUACUGGCUGCCUUUGAUUCGGUCCAAGUCACCCAAGAAACCUGUUAUCUUAGUUGGAAAUAAAAUUGAUUUGGAGGCCACAGAAUCACUUCCAUCACUAACUGAGGCCGUUCUCCCGAUAAUGGAUGAGUUUCUUGAAGUUGAGACGUGCGUCGAGUGUUCAGCGAAAACACUGAUGAACAUCUCAGAGGUGUUCUACUUUGCUCAAAAGGCAGUUCUCCAUCCGUCCGAACCGCUCUACUCGGCCGAGGAAAAGCAGCUAAAAUCGGCCUGUAUCUCAGCAUUGACACGUGUGUUCACGGUGUGUGAUUAUGAUAAGAACGAUGCACUCAGUGACAGGGAACUGAAUGACUUUCAGUGCCGCUGCUUCAACGCGCCACUCCUGCCCAACGCACUGGAGGAGGUAAAGGAGACCGUCAGGCGUAACCUUGAAGGUGGUGUGACAGAAAAAGGAUUGACACUGAUUGGGUUCCUUUAUCUUCACUUGGUGUUUAUUCAGCGGGGUCGGCAUGAGACAACGUGGACCGUCUUGCGGCGGUUUGGCUAUGACCUGAACUUGCAGCUGCAGUCAGAAUACCUUGAACCCAGCCUUACCAUUCCAGCAGGUUGCAUGCUGGAGCUGUCUGGUAUCGGUGUCCAGUACCUCCGUGACUUGUUUCACCAGCACGAUGUGGAUUUGGACGGAUGUUUGUCUACACGGGAGCAGCAGCGCAUGUUUGAGCUCUGCCCUCACUUGAUGUGGGAGGCGCAGAACCUGCUGCAUUCUGUCAACUGCUCAGCACUGGGCUAUCCCACUCUGGAUGGAUUUCUCUCUUACUGGGUAAUUCAGGCAAUGACGAAUCACCGGCUGCUAUUUCAUUUCCUGGCGUACCACGGCUACGUGCACGGUGACACGGAUACUCAGCUGACUGCUGUCAAAGUGAAAGCUGUAAAUCCUGAUGAUCAGAGUGUACUUCAUUGCGCGGUGAUAGGUAACGAUGUGCACUGCAAAUCGCUGUUCAUGCACCAGUUUGUCAACCCCGCAUACCCGGCAUCAGAUAGCAGCCACUCUGAGUUUGCGUGUCGUAGCGUGACUGUGGGCAAGACACCCAAGCAUAUGGUGCUCCGUGAUACGAAGCUUGACGAAGUCGCCACCAGUGUGCCAUAUCACGCUGCCGUUGUGCUGGUUGACACCAGCAGUGCUCAGUCCAUCGAGGACGCACUGGACGCACAGGAGCAGCUUGGCUCCACCACGCCAAUCCUGUUCGUGGCCGUUCCACCGCAGGUUACGCGCGUCGAUGCAGAGGCUGCACCGAACCACGGUCUCAAGAUCAAACAUAAUUUCAUUCCUGGCAACACACAGAGUGAGCAGAUCUUCCAGGCACUAGCGAGGCUUGCUCACAAUCCGACCAUCAACACAGGCAAAGAGGCAUCUUCCUCUUGGCUGUCAUGGUCCGGAAAGGCAGCAUUGCUCGUCGGCAUCCCUCUUGCUGCGGCGUACGUUAUUUACAGGUACCGGGCCUCGUCAUGACGCUAAUUGCUGCCCCUGCUUCCAAACGGGUGUUUGCAAAGCUAACGUUCUAUUUGGUUGAUGAUUUCUUUUCUUUUUCUCGUCACACUUAACCGAUGACAGUGUCUUCAGGUGACAUGGGUCUGUGUGUGUGUGUGUGUGCCUUUUUGGUAUUAUACCUGAGCCUUCGGCACAUGUGCGACCAUUGCAUGCAGGACCGAUCUGGAGUAGGCACACCUGCCUUGACCAGCUGCUCUCCGGCAGUUUACCAUAUACGCCUUGGUCCUGUGUGAAUCACAUGUACGUAGGCGUGUUGCUCACUGGAGUGACCCCGUACUGCUGUGUGUUCGAAUCGUACCCAGUGACACCGCUCAUGCUGCGUACCGUUUUUGCGAUUUUUGAUUUAGGGUGGUGUGCCGAGCGAGAGGUUUUAGUUCCCACUAUUAUUAUUAUUUUUCUUCAAGCUAGCCCCUGGCUCGCUACGUGCUCGAUGUCUGCGCCAACGGUUCUGUUACACUGUGCGUGCUUAGGUGCACUCCUUCAUUGCUGUACACUGCGGUGGAGUGAACGAUCAACUUGUACAAAAUAUCUGCAACUCUGCUGCUGCUGCUGCUGCUGCUGUUCCUGCUACAGUUUUUCUUCUUUAGUCAUAGUAAUGGGCUCAGUGGUCAUUGUAAUCUUGACUUAUGAUUGUUUUACUUCUUUCCAGCUCUCAUUUCCUCGCUUGUACAGCUUUGUCCAAUUUUGACUAUUUCUUUGUAGCUGCAUUGCAGUAGAGAGUAUGUUCAAACAAGAUCGUGUGCCAUAAUGCCAUAAUGCCGUAGUCACACGCAGGGAGUACUAGUACUCUCUGGUUACAAGCUUGCAAGUACUUGAAGCUGCUGCUUGGUAACUUGUGUAGCAACUGCGAGACCAUCACAA